UGAAAUAAAAUGAAAUGAAAAAGCAAAUGGCUGACUAGAAAUCGACGUUCUUGAAUUUGCACUAAUAAGAAUCCGAUGUAAUUACAUGAAUUAUGCGCAAUUUAUGAUCAUGAUUAGGCGAAAUAAAGCUACUAAAGCAAUAAAUAACUAGAAUAACUUAAUAUUGGCUACGAAAAGCCAGUCUUAACUAUAGAAUUAUAUCAAUUCCUAUCUCUAACCCAAAUUAGUAAUUUGCAAAAAUAAGAAUCGUGCCUGCGACGGACCCACGUCCGUUUUUUGUUGAGUUGAUGUGAUGUGAAGAGGCAAUUGGGCGGAGACCGCCCUGAUCAAGAAUGGAGCGGAGCUACGAUAAAAGACACAGCAAGCACCACAAGGAGAAGCACAAGAAACGUUCUCAUAAGAAGUACAAGUCUCACUCUGGUGGUACACAUGAUCCGUCUUACGCUACUAUUAAUUCAGUCAAACCCCUGGUGGAGUAUUCCGAUGUCAGUUCCGAAGAUCUGUCGGCCCCGGAGGCUGGCGAGAUCGAAAGCGAAGCGAGCUCAAUAGGCAGGCACAUCGCUGACGAUCUCGAUAGAACUAGAAAGUCCCAUUCUAUCCGCACUUUUCUUGACAACAAGAUAUCUGUGACCACAACGAGCCGACGGGCUGCCGAGGAAUACGCAUUCAAUCGUGAUUCUUCUUCAGCAGCAAGGAAGAGACGUGGAGUUGAAUAUGAGGAGCCGGUGCCAGAGUUCGACGACCUCUCGCGAUACAAAAAGAAAAAAGACAAGCGUAAGAAAGACAAAAAGAAGCGGAAGAAGAAGUCUAAGCACCACUCUCGAUCUGCGAGCUUAGAGAGUGUGUCUCCUGAUGAUAAUGUGCCCGCGGGCACUCCCAUGCGACCACUGACGCCGCAGCGCUACACGCAAGUGCCUAUUAGUGAAUGGGAGAAGGCAUCAUCUCCACUGAGGAAUGGUUCCUGCUCUCCUGUCUCGCCAACGACGCCACCCCUGAGACGUGACAGGCACAUUGGGUCACCACUUCAUAGGUCCAUUCACAGAGAACCAUCUUUACACAAUGUUAUUCCACUGUCACCACCACCUCCAAUAAUCAGCAGGAGAAGACAAAAGUCCACCACUCCUCACACUCCACUGGUACCUCCCUACCAUGAGACAGUGACAAUAGACUCGGAUAAUGAAGACUAUGACCAUGGAAGAAGGGAUUAUUGGCACGAAACACACCGUCCUGUCCAUCAUGUGAUGUCUAAUGAUAUCAUGGUCAUACCAGAUUCUCCAGUGCACGAGCCCCGGGUACGCGAUUUCAGUCCGCGCCGACACCGACGACGCAGUCCGCGUCGGCGGCGCAGUCGCGACCGAGAUCGACAUCGGGAUCGAAUAACAACUCAUCACAAUUUGUCGCCCAGCCGCAGCUCGAUGAAGCGCCGGCGCUCGCGCUCGCGGCGCCGCUCGUCGUCCCCGCCGCGACACCGGGCGCGACACGCCGACGCCGCGCGCGAGCGACACAGGGGUAAACAUGAAUCACCGAGUCCCCCGUCUACAGUGCUUCAAAGGAAAAUUGAUUUUAAGGAGAAAAUAAGUGAUACUAGUCUAUUUGCGGAGCUCGUCAAAGAUAAACAUAAACGAGCUAAGAAGCUGCAAGAAAUUUUGGAACAGAAGGAAGAGUCUCAAGGCGCCGCCUCCAGCAAUGCUUCAAUGUCGAAUAAUCCGGAUACAUUCACGAUUGAUGAAUUAUCCAGUAAUACUGCCGAUAGUUUAAUACAGAUUUCCAAAGAAAACGGUGACAACAGCAACACCAAAACCGAUGUAGUAGACAUUCCUAUGCCCGUGCCCGUGCCGACGCCCGCGGAGGACGAGGCCGAGCUGCCGCAGGCGACGCCUGUGCCUCCGCCGCAGCCGCCGGACCUCGGCGACCAGCCCACUGCCAAUGGAGAGGUGUCGGAGAGCAGCUGUUCAGAGAAAACAGAAAUCGUACAACAAAAGCCGUCAACUCCGCCAAUGACACUGCCGCCUCUGCCAAAAGGCGGCAGUGUCGUGGAGGAAGUCUACCUCAAUAAUCAACAACCACCGCCGCCUAAACCGAAGAGCCUCACAAAGCUACCAAUGCCGCCUAAUACUCAGGUUGAAGAUCUUAAAACUCUUGCAAAUGACAGUCCUUUGAGUACACCAUCGCCUAGUCCCGUUAAAAAACCCGAAAAGCCGAAGCGAACAGGAAUUAUGAAUUUGCCAAUGCCACCCGUGAUCCCCGGCUCGGAGGAGCUGUCGGGCGACGAGCUGGACGGCUCCACGCCGCCACCCGCGCCGCGCGCCACUCACUCCUACUCGCACGUGUUCAGCGCCAGGAAGGCCGGAAACGCGGGGUCAAAAUUGAAAAGGCCACGUAUUCUCAAGAGACGAGGGUCGAAGGUGGUACCCGUUGCAACGCCGACACAUCACGCCAAAGACUGGGGAGAAAAGUGCGUCGAUGGUUUUCAAGUUAUAACACAAAUUGGAGAAGGAACGUACGGUCAAGUGUACAAGGCGCGGGAUAAGAAUACGGGUCAGCUCGUCGCGCUCAAGAAAGUUCGGUUAGAAAACGAAAAGGAAGGCUUUCCUAUCACAGCUGUGCGAGAGAUCAAGAUCUUGCGCCAGCUUAAUCAUAAAAACAUUGUAAACUUGAGAGAAAUUGUUACAGAUAAACAAGACGCCUUAGACUUUAGAAAGGAUAAAGGUUCAUUCUACCUUGUUUUUGAGUACAUGGACCACGAUCUGAUGGGUCUGCUGGAAUCCAAGAUGGUAGAUUUUACGGAGUUACACAACGCAUCUAUCAUGAGACAGCUGCUGGACGGACUUGCCUAUUGUCACAGAAAGAAUUUUCUGCAUCGAGACAUCAAGUGUAGCAAUAUAUUGAUGAACAACAAGGGUGAAGUAAAACUCGGCGAUUUCGGCUUAGCUCGUCUCUGGUCAGCUGAAGACAGGGCGCGUCCUUACACAAACAAAGUGAUCACGCUUUGGUAUCGACCCCCUGAACUGCUGCUGGGCGAGGAGAGAUAUGGUCCAGCCGUGGACGUGUGGUCCAUGGGUUGUAUACUGGGCGAGCUAUUCUUAAAACAUCCUUUAUUUCAAGCGAAUAUAGAAAUGAUGCAACUGGAAAUGAUAUCUCGUGUCUGUGGAACACCGACGCCAGGUGUUUGGCCUAAUGUAGUCAAACUGCCUCUUUGGCAUACACUGCGUCCAAAACGUUUCCACAAGCGAUGCGUAAGAGAACAGUUCGCAUUUAUGCCUCCAACUGCAUUACAUCUCUUGGACAGGAUGCUAGAACUGGAUCCUGAUAAAAGAAUAACUGCUGAGGAGGCAUUGAAAAGUGCUUGGCUUAAGAAUGUUGUACCAGACCAAAUGACAGCGCCAGAGUUGCCGACAUGGCAAGACUGUCACGAGCUCUGGUCGAAGCAGCGUCGUCGACAGCAGAGGGAACAAGAACAACAGUCCAAACCGAAAUCUUACGGUUUCUCACAAGACGACAAACAACAUGAUACCUACAACCAGUCGGAUAGCAGCUUCAAAAGUGAUUACAAAAAUGAAAGUUUCAAACCCGCAGAGACUAACCAAGAAACUGUGGGACAAGUUAAAUAGUAUUUGGAGUAUUACUACUACGGUUAUUACCGUUAGUAUGGUGCUAGUGUUACGGUGUGAUAUAAUGACAUUAUCACGGGCGACACAAAGACAAGGAACCAGUUAGCCCAUGUUUUCGGUGUGGAUCGCGUUAAGACAUGACCAUAAUCGAUGCAUAACGCAUCUGGUCCGAAUAGCGUAAUAAAGACUGACAUAUUCAGACCAUGCAUUUUUAGACGUUAUGUGAGUGCGCUUAAUUGAUAAAACAUUGGUUUAAAAAAUCAAGUGAUUUAUAUAUGUAUAUAUAUAUAUCAUUCCUAUGAAGUGUAAACCAAAAUUGUUUAUUAUAACCAAAGGAUUGAAUGGCGCUAGUUACCUAUACAAUAUGUGGAAAUAAAUUGUAUAAUAGCCGCUUUCUGUAUAUAGAGAUGUAAAUAUAAGUCCUAGAUAAAAGUUGAAUUAAGAAAAAUUUUGUUAUAACUAGCAGAAUAUCUCCUAUUGAAUUUUAUUUUUUGUUUUAGCAAUAAGAGACUCUUCCAUGAGCUAAGAUUUUUUUAAUGCCUGUAUCAGAUGUAUAAUUUAUUGCCAAUUAUCAAGUUCUGUGUAGAAUAAAAGCAUAUGCUAGUACAAUUAUUUAUUAUAUCGAAAAGGCAAUAAUAUUCAUCACAUUACUUAAUAUUAUUUACAUGAAUAAAAUAUUCUGUGAUUGUAAAUAGUGACUUUUGGAAUUGAUAGUUCCAAAUUUUCAUUUUUUAUUAUAGUAAUAAUAGAUAUAAACAAACUAUAGAAAUUGUCCAAUUUAUUUUACCCUACCCUUAUUAUUGAGAUCUUUAUGAUCUAAGCCUUAAGAUGUUGAAUUUGUAAAAUUCGUACGAAAUACUUCAGUGAGCAUUAACAUUGUUAAAUUUGAUAAUAAAUAUAGUUUGCUUAUAUUUAUUUUUAUUCUAAAACCUUUUUACACUUGUUUUCUAUUUAAAUCUUUCUUAGUAAAAUAAUUAAGAUAAUUAUCAAAGAUUAGAAAUUUGUUUGCAUUUAACUUGUAUGUUAAUAACAAAAUGCAUCAAAAGGCGUGAUAACUCAUGUGCCUAAAGAAAUAUCUUACAUUUGGUAAAAUUGAAUUGUAACCUAUAAUUGUAAUGUUACGAAGCAGGCUCAGUGUUGAACCCACUCGCAAUAACGAACUAUCGGGAGAUAAUUGAUUGAAUAAAUUAUUUAUUCUUUUACAAGUUUUUAUUUAACUUAACCUGUUAAUAUUUGUAACUCUAGAUCAUGCAUCUAGUCAAGUGCAGUCUAUUUUGAUCUAAAAUUUUGCACAAAUUUAAUACUAAUAUUGUAUUGUCCCAAUGUAAUAAACUAAAUAUUAUAAUUUGUUCAAAAUGACGUCAAAAUAAAAGCUUGUAAAUAUUUAUCUUGUAUUAUGAUGUCUAAAAGGUUUGAAGUGAUUGAAAGGUCUAAAAGGAUUAAGGUUGAAAAUGAUCGAUAUUGUGAGUGUGUUGAUAAUUAACCUGUAAGAUUUAAAUCAAUUAAAUAAAAUCCCUUAUCAACAUAAAUGAAUUGAUCGAAAAAUAUUAAUUGAAAUUUUUGUUGGACGAAAGUGAGAAUUUUAAUAAGUAAAUUUAACAAUAUAGUCUCUAAAAUUUACUUCCAUUAUGAAAGUUUCCGUAUAUAAUUAUAAAGUUAAUUACGGCAUGGCUUGAGCCAAUUUUAUGAUAUAGCUAGCUAUAAACGAUAUUUUGUAAGUAAUCCGGAGUUUAGGAGACAUAUUUAUAUGGAAAAGUUUUUUUUAACGAACACGUUCGAGAAGUAUGGGCAAUGUAUGUAAAAAAAUCGGUGUUUGUAAUUAUAAUUUUACUUCUUAACAAAUGAAUAUAAUAAUAAAUAAUAGAUAGUUUUAAUUAGAAAUAACAAAGACAAAAUUAUAUUUGUAUCGUAUUUAUAUUUGUAUAUUUGAGCAAUAUAGAGUAAUAAAACAACGAAUAUAUUUUUAACGAAUAAACGUCUCGUGCCAAGUUGCCAACUUCCAUGCGCGAUCUGAGUGCGUCGUGAGGAUUGAGUUUGUUUUUAUCAUAAGACUGAGGUUAAGUUCUGUCGCUGUAACUCUGGAUUGUUGUUAUUAUAAUAUAAUAUAAUAUAACAAAAUGUAAAAAUGUACCUAACUUUUUUAAGAAUAAACUACAAUGAAUUAUGGUU